AAGACUGACGACGCCAUUUUUGCCUUAUGUUCAACGCCAGAAAUGGCUUCACAACUUGAGGUCAGAGAUAACAGAGGAAGAGAAGAUGAGCUCUGCAUGUAAAAUGAGUGGGUUUGAGGAGUCUCCUGUUGACCCUCAGAGAGCAGCAUCUCCAGUGUUCAGCUGUGUGUCCAUGAAGAGCAACAACUCCAUGUAUCAGCCUCCUGCAUUCAGUGAUGGAUCUACUGUGAGAUCUGAGUCUGGAAGUGAUCUAUGGAUGAAGCAAACAGGACCUCAGCCCUGGCCUCAUGAAAGUGAACUGUGGAGGAAUGAGACGAGACCUCAGCCCUGGCCACAUGAAAAUGAACUACAGAGGAACAAGAUGAUACCUCAGCCCUGGCCUCAUGAAAGUGAACAACAGAGGAACAAGAUGAUACCUCAGCCCUGGGCUCACGAAAAUGAACUACAGAGGAACAAGAUGAUACCUCAGCCCUGGGCUCACGAAAAUGAACUACAGAGGAACAAGAUGAUACCUCAGCCCUGGCCUCAUGAAAGUGAACUAUGGAGGAACGAGGCAAGACCUCAGCCCUGGGCUUAUGAAAGUGAACCAUGGAUGAAUAAGACAAGACCUCAGCUCUGGCCUCAUGAUCAUGAAGCUUCACUGCAGACCUUCAGGCCUGUUUCUCCAGCUCGGUUUAAUGAUCCAGUGGCUCAGUCGUGGUCUUCUCAGUGGUCAUUCGUCCCGCAGGCUCCAGCUUGGUCUGUCAACCCACCAGCUCCACCACAGUCCUUAGGGUCUCUGUCUGUAUCCAGACCUUUCACUCCUUCACAUCCAGCAGGAUUCUCCAUCUCCCCACACUGUUCCUCAGUUUCACCUCAGACUCUCCACUGGUCACCGAGAUAUACACAUAUUCCCUGGUCAAUUUGCACGUCUGAAAUAACAGGGGAAAAGAAGAUGAGCUCUGCGUGUGAAAUGCGUGUGUUUGAGGGGGAAGAGGCUCCUGUUGACCCUCAGAGAGCAGCAUCUCCAGUGUUCAGCUGUGUGUCCAUGAAGAGCAACAACUCCAUGUUUCUGCCUCCUGCAUUCAGUGAUGGGUCUGCUGUGAAAUCUGAGUCUGGAAAGAGACUGAAGCUGGCUCCUGUUGACCCUCAGAGAUCAGCAUCUCCAGAGUUCAGCUGUGUGUCAAUAAAGAGCAACAACUCCAUGUUUCUGCCUCCUGCAUUCAGUGGUGGAUCUGCUGGGAGAUCUGAGUCUGUCUGCAGUAGUCUUUUACUAUGA